AUGUACCAUCAUGCUGGCUGGGGAUAUAGUAGUGAACAAAGAGGAAGCCCUGCCCUGAGAGAGCACGAUUCAAAGAGAAAACGUAAGUACAGUGUUCAAGUAUCAGUUAGGAAGGACGUUGGGUUUGAGGCUGGUGUUGAGGAGAAUGACCACUAUAACUUCAGUGUUUUGACAAAACCUCCGAUGCAAGGCUUUCUGGCCAAGCGUCUGCGAUUUCAUUUUGUUGGAGCAUUUGCUGUAUCCCUGGGGGUUGCAGCUUUCUAUAAGUUUGCUGUGGCUGAACCAAGAAAGAAGGCAUAUGCAGAUUUCUACAGAAAUUAUGAUUCCAUGAAAGAUUUUGAAGAGAUGAAGGUCGGUAUCUUUCAGAGUACAAAGUGAUUUUGGAAUGUAAAGAAUUUCUUUGGGUUGGGUUCCAUGGAAGUUUGUCACUGACCUGUGUUCCUGAGCUAUGAAACAUGAAUACUGGGUUAUGGAAUAGUUUCUCUUGAUAAAAAAAAACAAGUAAUAAAUACUGUGGACAGUAAAAAAAAAAAAAAAUAGUACAGUGUUCAACCUGGCCUUUGGCGUGUAGUUGGCCUUUGAGAAAUGUUAAUUGUUUUAUUAUUAUAGUCAAACUCAAUACUUGUUUAUGGACUUGAAUGGAAUAUGAACCCAGUAUUAUACAUUUGCUCUAGUAUUUUCUUAUUCAUUGUAACCAGACAUUAGUUAUCAUUAAUUGUUAGGAGCUGUGCUGUUCUCAUCUCAUUGCUAAAGUAAAAUCAAGUGCUGACCAAGGGCACUCCAUUUUGUGCUUAAAACUUAGGAUUAUUCUGAAUUUAAUACCUUGAAUAUCAGAUUCAGUAAGGGUCUCUUGCUGUGAGCACAAAACUUUGAAAAAAGAGUCUAUACAAACUUGUAAAAAAAGUCCCUUACAGUGUGUUGGAAGGUUCAAAUACUAUUAAAAGACUCCCACAACAGUAAACAAUUUUAUUGUUUAUAAAAGGUGACACAUUUCAUAAACACUUAAUCAGAAAUACAAGAUUUACAGGGCACCUGGCUGGCUCAGUCGGUAGAGUAUGCGACUCUUGAUCUUGGGGUCAUGAGCUCAAGCCCCACAUUGGGUGCAGAGCUCACACAGACACACACCCACACACAGAUACAAAAUUUAGCAGAGGAAAAAAAACCCUUAGAGGAAAUUAAAUUUUUAAAUCCAUAAAAAUGCCCGAAAACGUGGCAAAAACAAAAACAAAAACAUGGCAGCCGGAUGAAUGCAAAAAUACUCAAAAGAGGCUUGAAUUUUAGAUAAACUGUUCAUAAUGCAAACUGGUCAAUGAGUGAACUGAUCACCAGGUAAAUUUAUCAUUAGGACAUAUGGCUCUGCUCAGAGUAGUCUGUUCCUAGGGCAGAGCAAUAUGGUGGCCAUAGGCAGGUUGGAUAUUAUCACAGGGCUAGGUGAGAGUGUCCUGGUGGCUGAGCUUAGGUUAUCUCCCUGCUUCCAGGAAGUGGGAGAGGGAUUUGGGACCUCUCUGACUUCCAUAGGAGAAGUUGAAGCCUGUUCCCCCUGUGAGACACACAACUACAGAGGUCUCCAUAUACAGUUGACCCUUGAACAACAUGGGGCAUGAACUGCGUGUGUAGGUUCAAUUUCACUUAUAAGUAGACUUUUUUUCCUAUAAAUACAGCACAAUACUAUAAAUCUAUCUUCUCUUAUGAUUUUCUUAACAUUUUCUGUACUUUAUUGUAAGAAUGCAGUGUACAUAUGUUAUAUAUAUAUAUUUAUAUAACAUAAUGUGUUGAUUGACUUUAUGUUACCAGUAAGGCUUCUGUCAACAGUAGGCUAUUAGGAGUUAAAUUAUGGGGGGAGUCAAAAGUUAUACUCAGAUUUUCAACUGCACAGGGGCAGUGCCCCUAACCCAUGCAUUGCUCAAGGGUCAAGUGUAGUAACCAACAGAUGUUCAUUAUAGUGAAUGGUCAGGUAACAUGAUUUCUAGUCACAGUUCAUUGACUAUCCAGUAAUGUGACUUUGCAAAAAGUUCUGUAACUGCCCCCACCUCCUCAGCUUGAGUUUAUUCAUGCAUAAAGUGCUAGAGUGGACUUUAGAUGGUCACUACAGUCCCUGUAAGCUCUAAGAUUUCCUGAGAUUUCACUGCUGUACGGGCUCCUCCCGUGUUUUGACCUUUCCAGGAGACUCGAGGCUAGAAUGGAUAUAAGGAGUAGCAUUUUUUUGUUGGAGGCUUAAAGACAGCCAAGACUUUGCUAUAGCAAAGGUUAAUGUUCUGUCUCAAAGAUCUGUUUCCCCAGGCUCUCCAAAUGUAAAUGUUAAGGUGAUGAAAAUAGUGAAAUCUAGGCUCUGGUUCAUUCAAGUCAGAGACACUCACCCCACAUGGUGCAGCCCUGGAGCCGAGGGCCUCCUCUGUGGCCUGCAGCUUCAUAAACUCGGGGUUAGGCUGUCAGCACUGAUUUAAAGAGAUUUGGUGGUUCAAUUUGCUUCUGGGAAAGAACUGACAUUCAUAGUGGGGCUUGGGGGGAUAAUAGUGAAACCAGAGCUGGCUCCCCUCCACACCCCCCGCCUUGGAGGGGCAGAAUGAGUCACCUGUUUGCACAGAAGGCUGUGGUAUCAAAUCCACAAAUUCAUAGGCCUUAUGCCUUCACCACUUCAAACUGGAAAGGUGUUGCAACAUCUCAGCUUUAAUUGCUAAACCCUAGCUGCAAACCCCAAUCUCGGGACAUAGUAAGAACCGGGUGGGAAAGACUGUGAAUGGCGGCAGUUUUCGGCCAGGUGUGUUUAUAUGUUCCUCUCCUACCUCAUUUGCUUCCUUGUUUGUGCUCAAACCCAGACCGGAGGCCUCUGGACAGCUGCGGCCACCAUGCUGGCCAACAGAUGAUGGGUUCAUAGGCUCGAUUACAGGUUUGCCUUCUUUUCUAUUCCUUGCUAGAAUCUGUGGACCUUGUAUCCACCCCAAAGUCCUAGGAGCAAGCAACUCUGAAUUCUUCUUGCUGUAGCUCGUAUGACUCUCAGUCUCCAGGUCAGGUGGACAAGGAGUAAGGCUUUCUUUCCUAGAACUCCCCUCAGUGCAGGCCUCCCCCUUUCUUAGCUGGUGUCAAACCUCUAACUGAAGUCUUCCCUGGGCAUUUACUCCCCACUCCUCAGCCACACAUACUGAAUAUCACACCGUGCUGAGGAUUUAAGGAAGGCCAGGGUGAGGGACAGGGAUGACUCUGGCUCUGGGUCAUCAGUCACAUGGUGGGCCAAGGGUGGGCCUGUCCACCUGGCCCCCGUGGCUCCAGGGUCCUCUGCUCUCUUCUCGACAUUAUUGGGCCCCAGGAAUCUUUCUGAGGGUGUCCCCGUGGCUGGCUGCACCACCUUCCACAGGCUUCCAGACUCCAGUCAGUAUUCCUAGAAUCAGCUCCCUUCUUGAAUAGGAGGAAGGGAGAAGGAAGAUACAGGAAGAACCAACAGUGUGGAUUAACACCCUCCUGCAUAAUCCAGGCUGCCAGCCAGCUCUCCCUUUGCUCCAGUUCUGUGUUGGUACAUGAAAGAUUAUAGGCAUUUAUUUUUUCAAGAGGAAUAGUAAAAUGACAAAAAGUAAUAUUCUCUAACCUCUAUUGAGUAAGUUCUGAACCCAGCAUUAUCUGAUAUAAUCAGCAUACUUGCCUUUUGAACUAAGUACUGUUUUUUUUUUAUAAGAUUUUAUUUAUGUAUUUGACAGAGAGAGACAAAGCGAGAGAGGGAACACAAGCAGGGGGAGUGGGAGAGGGAGAAGCAGGCUUCCCGCGGAGCAGGGAGUCAGAUGCGGGGCUCUAUCCCAGGACCCUGGGAUCAUGACCUGAGCCGAAGGCAGACGCUUAACCGACUGAGCCACCCAGGCGCCCCUGAACAAAGUACUAUUUUUAAAAUUUAUUUAUUUAGAAGAGAGAGUGCGCAAGAGUGGGGAGGGGGAGGGGCAAAGGAAGAGGGAGAAGCUGAGUGGGGAGCCCCAUGUGGGGCUCCAUCCCAGACCCUGAGAUCAUGACCUGAGUCAAAGGCAGAUGCUUAACCGACUGAGCCACCCAGGCGCCCCUGAACUAAGUACUAUUAUUAUUUCCAUUUUAAAGAUCAGAAAACUGAGGCUCAGCGAGAUAAGAAAACUGCUCAAGGUCACAUGGCAAGUAGUAGGAGAGCUGGGAUUUGAAUCUCGGUCUUCUGACACUAGAGUCCAAAUCCUUACUUCUAAGCAGUGCGUCUUAGAUGCUUUUGAAAAAAAAAUGUCAGACCUGUAAGUCUAGUGUGGCAUUUGAAAAUUCUGUUUUCAUAGAGUUUGUACGAUAGUCCAGUUCUUCUCUCAGUGGGACUAUAAAACAGCACCCGUAGUUACUCCAGCUCAAUAAAUACUUGUUGGGAUUGUACAUCUCAUGAGCAGUUUCGCAUUUUCAAAUACUUUUGUGUCUGGUUUGGAUGUGGCAGAAAAAGUGAGAGGUUGCUGACAGCAUUGUCUUAUAUAAAAAGUAAAAAGAACCUUUCAGGGGCCCCUGGCUGGCUCAGUUGGUAGAGCAUGUUACUCCUGAUCUUGGGAUUGUGAGUUCGAGCCCCAUGCUGGGGGUAGAGUUUACUUAAAAGAAAAAGAAAGAGAGAAAAAUCCCUUCUAGUUCUGCUUAAAUUUCUGUUUGUUUGCCUACUGAGACUCCUUCAACUCUUCCUUUGUUUUGACUUCCCAGCUCCCAUCCACAUUCACUCAGGAUGGGAUGCCCUGUAGGGUUUUGGAAGUCGGACCUGGCUUUUAAAUCAGACCUGGCUUUUAAAUCCUGGCUCGGACACUUGCUAUUUGUGUGACCUGAGCUGGUCUGCAUGCCUCUCUGAGUCUCCACAAAAUGUCCAUAAAAAGAGAGCAAUAAUAAAAGCCACUUCUGGGAUAUUGAGAGUGUACAUAAUUGUAGGCACUCAAAUUCUAGUUCCCAUCUUUGCUAAUGAAAUCAACCACAGCAGAGUAUUCUAGUCAAUUUAAACUUAAGAUCCUUCUGAAAACUCUCUUAAGGAUGCCAUCCCUUUAUUUGAUUUACUUAUUGUUAUUUAUUUUUUUUUAAAGAUUUUAUUUAUUUGAGAGAGAGAGAGAGAGCAUGAGAGGGGAGAGGGUCAGAGGGAGAAGCAGACUCUCCACUGAGUGGGGAGCCCGAUGUGGGACUCAAUCCUGGGACUCCAGGAUCAUGACCUGAGCCGAAGGUAGUCGCUUAACCAACUGAGCCACCCAGGCACCUACUUAUUGUUAUUUUUAAAGUAAGCUCUACACCUAACACAGGGCUUGAACUCAUGACCCUGAGAUCCAGAGUUAACAUGCUCUACUGACUGAGCCAGGCAGGUGCCCCAUUCUUUUUAGGUGGAUUUAGGAAUUCAUGUUUACAAUGCAGCUUAAUGACAAUGUAUCAAUAGGAUAUUUUCAGUUGCAAGGAAAAUGUUCACCCAAAUUGACACAAAUAGUGAGAAAAUGUAUCCAAAGGCAUGAGAGUUGAUUCAGUGGCUCGCUAGUGGUGGUAAGGAUGCAGGUUUUCCAGUUGUUUCUUGGCCUCUGCUCUGCUUUUGCUAGAACCAUCCUCCCAUCUUCUCUGCCUAUCUAAACCCCCCCCCCCCCCAUGUGGCCAAAUCCCUCAUCAUCCAAUCAUGACUUCUCUCCCUUUUCUGAAUUCUGGUUCUUAGGGGCAACGCCUGCGUGCGAGCGCAUAACCAUACUCUCCUGUGUGUUACUGUGUUUAAAUCAUCAAAUUCCUUUAAAAAAUAUUUAUGAUGUAAAUACAAAAAGCAGCUUGACUAGAAUCUCUAAAUGAACAUUUAUCUAGCAUCUAGCACAUAGAAGGCAUGCAAUAAAAAGUGUUAGGAUAGGUGUUGCUGGCUGGCUCAGUCCGUAGAACAUGUGACUUUUGGUCUCUGGGUCAUGAGUUCAAGCCCCAUGCUGGGUGUAGAGAUUACUUUAAAAAAAAAAUGUUGGAAUGGUCAAUAAAACACCUGAAUGGUCUUAAAAUUCUGAAUAAUAUUUUUAAAAAGCUAUAUAUUGAUUAACAUGCAGAGAAUUUCAGGGCUCACAGAAAUGAUUUUCUUUAUCUAGGUCACUAUUUUACUGGCUUCCAUCAUUUACAUAUACCUUUACAAUUUCUGUGUUAUCUGUUUACUAUCUGUGUUAUUACUAAUACGGUUCCUUAAAUUGAUUAGUUUUUAAAUCUGUUCUAGAUCUAAGGAAUGGUGUCUCUGACACCAGUGGUUUGAUGUGCUAGUUAUUUUCAUAUAUCUUAGAAAACAUACACAAUUAAGGUAUCAGAUAGUUGUCUGUGUGCUGCCUGAAGUUAUUUCAUGGGGCACACUUGGGAAACACUAAUCUUGCCAUAUUUACAUCUAUAUAUUUUAGGAUUAAAAAAAAACAGUCAAAAACUACUCUGGUAUGUUUACUAUUGCAUUCUUCUCCUUAGAUGAACAUUUAAGAAAGGCAAAACUAGAGACAGGAGGCAGAUCAGUGGUUGCCUGGGGCUCGGGACCGAAGUGGGACUGACCUUGAACAGGAAACAGGGAAGUUUUGGGAAUGCUGGAAGAAUUCUGAGACUGGAUGGUGGUAAUGGUUGUACAUCUGUAUGAAUAGAAACAAAUCCAUCAACCUGUAUAUUUCAAAUGGAUACAUCCUAUGGUUUGUAAAUUAUAUCUCAAAGAAGGAGGAGGAGGAGGAAAAAAAAAAAAGAAAUGAUCAACCAGGAGGGGACCUGAGGGGGGGCUUCUGGAGUCCUGGUGAUGUUUUGUUUCUUGGUUUGGGUGUUGGUCACAAGUGUAUGUUCGCUUUGUGAAAAUUAUUCAAGCCAUUCAUUUAUGCUUUGUGUACAUUCCUAUAUGAACAUUAUACCCCAGUAACAAAAUUUACUAAAAAGAGAGAGAGAAAAGAAAAAAAAAAAUCAGCCAAGAUUGGGGGGGGCACCAUAACUUCCCAAUAAAGAGUUACUUUCCUGUUUAUUAUUUUGUAUAAUGACAUCAUCCUGCCAACGUAGUUUUAUGAUGUGAGGGGGUUUAGGUUUUAUGUGUCUUAGGACAGAGAAAAGGUUAUAAAAAGAUAUUUAGCUAAUCGCACAAGUGCUAUAAGAAUGUCAGCGGAAGCUCUUGUUUCUUAAUUAUUCAUAGCAAUUAUCAAUGUGGACAAUAUUCAACUUGCAACCAAAAUAAAUGGAUGUUUGAAGAGGCCUUAGUGGAACAAUCAAAUCAUCAGUCUCAAAAUGUCCCCUCUCUCAGCCUGGUCCUGCCGCCUGCCAGAGUUUCAAUUCUAUAUAUAUCUUUCCAGAUCAGCAGUAUAGCAAUUAGUUAUUAUAAUAGGAGCUACCAAUUUAUUGUGUGCCGACUUCACACCAGGCACUGCGUUAUCAGAUCUUUUCAUCCUUUAAUUUCAUUGUCUCAACAACCAUGCCAAGAAGUUGUCUUAUACCAUUCUACAGUUGAGGAAACUGAGGCUGGGGGCUCCUGAGUGGGUCCAAGCCCACGCUGCUGGGGAGUGACAGCCGGAGAGCAAGCUGGGGUCCCACCCCAUGUGCUUUGCUAGGUCUCGGGACCUGACGUCAGUGACAGGAGAUGAGUGACAUGUGUAACAGAAUUCUGAAGCCCGAAUCAUGGCUCUUCACGUGGUUACUAUAGUUACUUCUCUACACGAUGCUCACAUUUUUGCUGGGAUAACAAUGAACCCACUGUUAGCCAUUGAGGUGUUUGAACCCUUACCUACCUCACGAAACCCGAGGGACAUUUUAAUAGGUUUAAAAUAGCUUUCCUGCCUUUUAAUCAGACCUUUUAUUUCAGAAGCUCCUGGAACGUUAACAGAUCCCAUACUAUGGCAGCUCUACCAAUAUUGUUUUUUGCACCUUGUGUAAAACGUAGGAGCUCUCUAAAGAGUCAUAAUGGUGAAGAGGAUGGUGACAUCCAAGGACAACCACAGGGCCUCUGUCUCAACCCCGGUGAGAACCAGAUUCCUCCCCGCUGGUUCUGUAGCUCCCAGCAGAGUUCUGGAAGCUGAUUAAAGAGAAGAUCAGAAAUAACAGAUCACUGGCGCUGGGGGACACCCCAGCUGCCAUGUUGUCGGAGAAGCUCAGGUGAAGAGAAACCACUGCUUCUUGCUAAAAACUACCCGAGUGAUCUUGGAAGUGGCUUCUCCAGCCACAGCCCAGCCUUCCGUGGACUGCAGCUCCAGCUGACAUCUAGACUGUAAGAUCUGCUCUCUACCCAAUCUGCUUCUAAAUUCUUGACCCAUAGAAACUGUAAGGAAAAGGGAAAUAACUCUUUGAAGGACACCAGCAAGCCAGGGGGCAGUGCUGAAUUUUCAGUGGCAUCAAAUCCUGAAGAUCUGAGUAUUGGGUAAUUCUGGUAGUGUUUUUCUUUUGUAAAAACUAAAACUCAUUAGAUUUUCUGAUUGUAAAUUCAAUAUCUAUGCAUUCUAGAAAAUACAGAAAAUUCAGAA